UUUUGAGCCAAUGUGUAUUUUGCUCUUUUCACCCAAGAAGAGAUUAUUUAGGGCUAUAAAACACUGCUGUUCUUCAAGCUUCACAUUUCACAUUUAUAAUUCUGAUGUUUUUGUAAUAUUUCUGAGCUAGGCAUUUCUUUAUCCUGUGCAGCCACCCUUUUUGAACUCAGAACUUCUAUUCUGCAUUUUAGCCAGAAAAAUAUCAGUACUGCAGAAUUUUAAAAACACCAGAAAACUACAGAAAAAAAAAAAAAAAGUAACAGAAAAGGGCUGUACUGUGUAAACUUAUAUUAAUAUUUAAUAAGCUAAGCAUCUGAAUGCUCAUCUGCAUGUAGAAUCCAGUAAUAAUUAAAAUAAUUUUCCAGCUAAAGCCUUGAAAAUCUUUCAUGUGGUCAACUCUAGUACUUGGAAUAGGAGCAGCAGGCCAAGUCAUGAAUUUGUAAACCCUUGUUAAUAUUUUUACACCCUUGCACGUAAUUUAGCUGCUUUGGAACUGAUUAAAGCUAGCAAUAAAUGGCCUGGCAGUUUUCCCAUAAUCUUUCAAUCGCUGGUAAUAGACAAAGCGACCUGGGUACGAAAUCGGUAAUUGCAAGAAUUUCAGUUUGAGUGCAACAAAACUCGUGCUGCUCCAUGGCUCAGCGAAUGGCACUCGUAGGAAGUGUCGGAUGGGUGCUUCGGGAGGGUUUGUGGCCAGGGGAGAGUUAACGGGCUGUGGAGGAAAUGUGUCACUGCAGGGCAAGAAGCUGGCUCCGCUGUAGAGCGUGCACUAGCGGGAGGGUGGAAGAGGGAAGCAGCGAGCAGCCGUGCUCCUCAUGCUCCAUCCCUGCUCUGCUCCAGAGAGCACCAUGAGAAAUGAGAUUGACCUGCUGGCCGCUGUCACGGUGCUGGGAGUCCUGGAGCAAGCCUAUUUUACGCUGCAAGUGAUCUAUGCUCGGCGGAAGUACAAGGUCUCUCCUCCUGAGACAACAGGUCACCCUGAAUUCGAGCGGAUCUUCAGGGCUCAGGUGAAUUGCUCCGAGUACUUCCCCAUCUUCAUCUCACUCCUCUGGGUUGCUGGGAUCUUCUUCCAUCAAGGGCUCGCAGCAGUCUGUGGGAUGCUGUACCUCUACACACGAUUCCGCUACUUCCAAGGCUAUGCGUUGGCCGCGCAGGGACGGUUGGGGCCACUCUAUGCCAGUGCCCGGCUGCUGUGGCUCCUGGUGGGCCUGGCGGUGGCUGGGCUCCUGGCACAUUUCCUGCUGCCUCCGUCCUCCCCGUGGGCACUGGCAUGGCCUCUCCAGCUGCUCAAUGCCUGGUGAGAGAGGCCUCAGCUCCCCCGGGCCCCCCAUCCUGCUCUGUGCCUUGAACUGCCUUCGAUUCAUGAACCAGCCUACACCCUGUCAUCACUCCUCACCGCUGCUGUGGUCAUCCCUGUCAGAGUGUGUCAUGCCAUGGAGAUACAAAGAAUAAAUGCCUUUUCUCUACAGAAAUCAUUUGUGAUCCUCAAACUUGCUUGAGGGGGGACUGGGUGUGAGAACAUCAGAGGUUUAUGGGCAGGGGGUUGUAUGGGAAAAGCUACUGUGAAUAAAACUAAUUGGAAAAUGUGCGUAAACUUGUCUAAAACCUCACCACAACUGAAGGGAAAAAAAGCCUUACAUUAAUCUAAAGGGCUUGCCCCUGACUUGAAUGAUCUUGCCUUGCCAGCCACUGGUCCUGGACAGGACACAGGCCCAGAGCCUCCCCCUGCGAGUGACUCUCA